AUUCAAUAAUGAAAACCUUCCUCAAAAUGUAAAAAUGAUAAAGUGAUACAGGCGGGAAAACGGCGAUGAAGCCCCAAAUCUGAAAGAAAGACGAGUAAGUGAGCACUGUACAAGGCCACUAGUUGUUUAAUCAAUUGCUUAAACCCUAGACUAGAGCAACAUUUUUAUUAUGGAGUAUCAGACGACCCCAACAACAACUUAUUGCCUAAAUUCGGAUUUCAUCAGCACCCUUCCCCAAAACAUUAUUGAAGAUAUUCUAACUCGUAUACCCCUCCAAGAAGCACUGAGAACGAGCGUUUUGUCAAAGAAAUGGCGGUAUACUUGGCGGGGUAUGCCUAAACUUGUAUUUACAGACAGAAUGGUUACAGUGUCAUCUAAUCAUCUUCACAUACAGUUGAACAAGUAUAAGCUUAUCAGUGCUAUCUUCCAUGUUUUAUUAUUCCACAACGGUCCGACAAUAGUAGAGUUUAGAUGUUCGGUUGGCGAACUUCAUAUGGAGUCUGAGUUUGCCCAGAUAUUAAGUUAUCUUGCAAGGGAAAAUACAGUGAAACAACUGUUCUUUAUUAAUGAUAAUCGAUCCUACAAGCUACCCGUUUCUUUCUUUUCAUUUCAAGGAUUAGAAUUUAUACAUCUCCAAAAUUGUACCUUUUAGUUCACUGACUGGCAUUGUUUUGUGGAAAGUUGACGUUUCUGCUCAAAUGCUUCAACAAUUUCUUUCUAAUUGCCCGCUCCUUGAGUUUAUCAGUUUGAAUGAACAUCAAAAGGCCAUUGACUCUGUAGCAGGAGGAAACACGUUUACAUUUGUUAAUCUUUUACCGUGUGUUCCUUUGAUUCAGGUUUUGAAUAUCAGAGAGUACUAUAUGAAGUACUUGUGUAUAGGUGGCAUGCCGCAUAAGCUUCCAACUUCACUUGCUCAUCUCAAAGAUCUGGUUUUGGAUGUGUGCUUGGUGGAACAAAACGAGAUUUCCUCUGCUCUUUGUCUCAUUAGGAGCUCCCCUGUGUUGGAGAGAAUAGUUUUUCAGAUGUUUGAUAAUGACAAGUUGCCUGUUCGACAAACUCCGGCCAACUUUCUUGAUCCAGAAGGCUACCCAGAUUUGAAGUUGGAUCAUCUUGAGAUGUUGGAGAUGUAUAACUAUAGUAACUUGCCUCUUGAGAUGGAAUUUGUGAAACUCAUCAUGGCCAAGUCACCCGUGCUAAAGAAGGUACGGAUUGAGCUUAAUGAUAAUGUUUCUGUUGAUGAAGAACUGAAGAUGCUUAGAGAUUUGGUACGACUCCCAUUUCCGUGGGCAUCUCAUUCUGCAAACCUAAUCUUUGUACGCCCAUAAACCUGUUUAUGAAGGCUGUUUUCUUGAUGAUUUUAGCUAAUUUUCUUGACUAGGAUUUAGGAUUGUCACAUAGUGCCUUUAUGAACUACUUAUGGACGUCUUGCACUUAUCUACCGCCUACUUAUUGCAUCACCUUCUACAAAGUUAA